CAGUCACCUUCCCAAAUACAGGCUCAUUUUCACAUUCGCUGAUCCUUCUGGGUUCCUCUUCAUUUUUCGCUAAUUACAUCCGUCAGCCCUAAAGGCUAAAGGAGCAAAGGCGAGUGCAUUAGCUCUCUUCUCCUGAGCUAUCAGUGGCUUUUUAAGCGAGCAUGAUGGACUCACAAAGCCAGAAUACUUCGUUACAGAGGCUUCAGAAUGUUGAAAAGAGGAUAGUUAGGGUUUUGGAGCUGGCUGGAGGAGUAAUGGAUGAAUUGGCAAACCCAAGUGGCCCUAGGAAGGAGCUGAUUAACAAUCAAUGCAGCGAGUUCAUGCAACUAAUUAAGGAUAUCCAGGUGACAUUGCGAGAAGAAAUCAAAAGUGCAUGUGAAUAUCGUCCAUUUGAGAAGUGUGACUAUGUCCCAAGAAUAGCCAGUGAGAUCUGCUGUGAGAAACUGGAAUACGUCAUUUCACAACUGGAUGAUAUGAAGCAGACAAUUGAUAAAUAUCACGGUUCAACUUGAAGCUAUAUCUUCUAAAUCUAGUAGGCUUACCAAGCCGCAGUUCCCACUUCCCAGAUUAUUCAAUAUGCCAUGAGGAAUUGCAAUGCUUGGAAUCUGUAUCAUGAUAUUGACUUGGAUCUUUAUCCAAAUCGGAAACAAAUUACAGAAUCAUAUUACAUUAUUGCUAUGAUUUUGCCUGGUUUUAUUAUUGUUAUCACAGAUAUUGGGCCCCCCCCCCCCCCUGUUCUUUAUCCUCAGUGAAGAAAGCAACUUGCUAACCAUUAAAAAAAGUGGUGUUUACUGUGUCCAGGUGAAGGAUGUCUUCAAAGCCUCCUCUGAUUUACAUAAAUUUUAGUCCACUGUCAGGUCAUAUCCUUUUACAAUCAACUUUAGCAUGCAUAAUUAGUAAUUA